UAAAGAUGUCAGGGUCUGUUUGGAAAAAGCCUGACGAAGUUAUGAGGCAGAUGAGGGAUAAGAAAAAAGCCCUCCAAGCACGAUUCAGUCAUGCAUCCACCACGACAACAACAAAUAAUUUAGAUAAUGACGAAGCCCUGGCCCCCACAUCGUCAUCGUCAGCAACUGCCUCUGUAAAGAGAAAGAAUCCUUUCAGACGCUCCCCAGCCAAGAGGCCAAAACUUCUUACAGUCACUCAAGAUGACCAGAGAAAUGCAAGUGCCAAUGUAGAUUUCAUGAGCAUGUUAAAUGCCCCCAAUGUAAAAGCUGAUACCAAUAAAGAGUUGGCUGUGGAACUACCACAAGCUCUGUCAAUAUUCACUGCAGUAACACCUGUUUGCCAGAAAGUUGAUCAGUGUCCUGUUGAUUGGUCCUUAAAGACCAGGGUACGCUUCACCUCUAAAUCACCUUUCGCCUUCAGCUCUACUCUCAAAACGUCCGAGGAGGCUUCUGGAAUCACAGGUUUCGUGAGAUGCGUCAGCUCUCUCAAAUCCGACGAGUGGAGCACGUUGGACACGUCAACAAAUGCGCAAUUUCAUCAAUGCUGCUUGUUGUGGCAAUAUCCUUGGCUGCCUUGGUUAUCUUUAUUCCCUCGGGACACACGAGCCCCUAUCACUUCCACCAGCUCUGUCCAAAUCGGCAUGGACUCGAGCGUGUCAAAUUGCCUGAUCAACGACUGGUGUGAAAGCUUUCGCUCUCUUUUCGGACUUUUGCGCGCGAGGCAAUGCCCAUUCUUCUAUGUCUGCACUCAUCAAUUCACUGUUCUCUUUCGAGCUGCUGGAAUAGGAGGAGUUGCAGAAAUCCAUGCUCUAUUAACCCCUACCACACGUGGGAUGCGAGAAGUUUUGCGACGAGAAGAUAUCUCAUACUCGAUGCCGUUGAAGAAAAGUGGUCAAGAUCAAACGAACCCUGUGAAUAAUGAUGAAGAUGAUGAAACCAAAGAAGCUGACAAAGUUGGCGAUCUUGAUGACGAAGAUUGUGACGAAGAUGAUGCUGACUGGAUCAACGAUAUCGGCCUGCACUCAAAUCUCAGAUCAAAAUUGGAGGCUGAAAGGUUGCAGGAUGGAGGGCAAGGAACAAGCCAAGGCACCUAUGCGGACUCGCUCCUUUUGAUCGAAGGUGUUGAGACGCAGGGACUGUUCAACUGGCUUCUAAACAGCAAACUGUGUCUGUCUAGCACUGGUCCAUUAACUGGAAUUCCUCCAACUCUAUUCAGUCCCGUCGCUUUCCAUCAGGCCACACUCCGACCCCUCAAGGCCCGACAAGGUUUUCUGAAGCAAGACGGAGAAAAUCUCUACUCCAUCGAAGUUCAGGGUCCGAUCCUACCCCACUCGAUGGUAUCGCUAAUGAAACUGCUGCAAAGCAGCGAUUUCACGGCUGUCUGGACUACGCUAUCCAGCACCAAGCCCUUCGCAUCAUUCCAAAGUUCGACCGCCGCCACUUCUGCAUUCGGUAAGGAAAGUUUGAGUGAUUGUGGUCUUGACCGGACGAGCCUCGAUCUGUUUUGCUCAUCACAACUCCCGCCAUCCGCUAGCGAGAUCCGCUUUCAAGAUGGAUGUUUUUACUUUAACUAAGAGAUAGAUCUCUUCUCAUUUUUAAACGUCGAAUAAGUGUGUUUUUAAAUCAUGCUCACUCUACAGUCUAGUUGAAUAACAAGUCUGUCAAGAAAUCAAAUCUUGCCAAAUCAUGUUAUCUUACGACUGAUCUCACUAUGGUACCAUAUAAAAUGUGAACUUAUUGCCGAAUGCAAUGAAUAGAUUGUAAAACAAUGAUUUGAACGAAUGUUAUGUGACGUUAACUCUGGAAGGGAUAUUAACGCAAGUUAUGACCAUAACUGAAUUCUUGUGUGAUCAGAGUUAAUUGCAAUUUUUAUUGAAUGUGCAUUAAUUGAAUUCAACAUUCAAAAAGUGGUCUGAUAACGUAGAAAUAAGAGCUAGAAAUUUAAGGUUUUAUAUAAUCACAACUUUUUUCAGUCUGUUCACGGUCCAAGGAUUCAACAAGCCAGUCGUGGGAGUGCUAGUGGGGUCAUUGCGUGCGAUAAUACGUAAUUAAAUCAGUAUGGCAAAGAAAUGUCGUCUCUGAAAUAUCUUGUGAUUGCAAAAUCGUGAAAUUAUAUGUUUGUUCUUUGACUUUAAAGCAGAGCAAAAUCACUUCGUUCAAUUUUCAACUAAAUGGGCCAUUCAAAUUUUGUUUACUUGGUUCCCUCAAGUUUACCAUCUCAGCAGUGAGAUUAUCACCUAACCUUGAAGAGUAUUUUCUUCUUUGUGUCUUUUGGAGACCUUGUACCUUGUUUGAAAAAAGAUUUCCGCCAAUAGUGCUGAUUCCUCGUUUUUUCCUUCCAAUGUGAGCCGUCAGUCAAUUGGCCACAAAGUCAAAUGUCAACAUUUGGCCAGUCACAACGAAAGCACUGGAUUUAAGUACACCCACGAGCUUAGCUUGAUAAGAUUAUUUUACUUAGGAGCCA